AUGUAUGGAAUGUCUUUAUCAAGUGGACUUGUGGGAGAAAUAUUUAUUGUGAUUUAUGUAAAAACUUUGGGUGUUAAAACAAUUUCUCUCCCAUUCAAAUCGUCAAUGUCAGUGACCACACUUAAAUCUUUGAUUUAUACCAAAGAAGGGAUUGAAGUAAAUCAACAAGCUUUAGUAUUUGCUGGUAAACCAAUGGAAGAUUGUAAAUCAAUAUCAGAUUACUAUAUCCAUAAAGAAAGUACAAUACACUUGUCAUUAAGAUUAUGUGGUGGAAAUAUUCAAGGAUUACAAAUUGAUGAAAAAUAUUUUUCACCAAAAUUCAACGGCGAUAAAUGGUUAGGUUGUGGUAAUGUAGAUGGAGAAUGGCCAGUUUCAUAUCACGGUACUGGUAAACAUGAAUCAAAAAGUAUUGCUGAAAAUGGUUACAAUUUAUCCAGAGGCAGAAAUUUCUCUUUUGGCCAUGGUAUUUACUCAACACCAUCAAUUAAAUGCGCUGAAAGUUAUGCAAAAUCAUUUGAUCAUGGAGGAUCUACUUAUUUAGUCGUAUUCCAAAAUCGUGUCAAUCCGAAAACAUUAAUUAAAAUCCCAAAAUCUAUAACUGGAAAUGAAGAAUUUUGGAUUUCACCAAAAGAUAUAGAUAUUAGACCAUAUGGUUUUUGUAUUAAAAAAAAAAUCAAUUAA